AUGGAUAAUAGAAAUAAAUGUGUUGAGUGUGGAGGUAUUAGUUUCAGAAUCGAAGAAGGUCAAUAUGUUUGUAAUGAAUGUAAUUACGUAUGUGAAAUCGUUAUAGAACAAUUUGAGGAUAAUUUUGAUCUUGAAUUUGAUGAAAUCGAAGAUGAUGAAUAUGUUGAGAAGGAUAUAUAUUAUAUUAUAAAAAAAUUAUAUAAAGAUGAACAUUUAAGUAAUAAUAUAAAGAAAUAUGUAUUUAAAGAAAAUGAUGAAUUUUUUAUAACUUAUCAAAAUGUGUUAAUAAAAUUUAUUGAAACCCUUAUUACAGUACAUAAAUUUCCUAUGUUUAUAUAUGAUGAAAUAAAAAAAAUAUGGUUUUAUUUAUUAGAGAAGAAUAUAGAAAAUAUGAAUGUUUAUGUACCAUUUGGAACAUUUAGUGAUUCUUUAAAAUUUGUAUAUGAAGUUAUAACAAAUAAAAAAAUCAUUGAUACUUUUCAAAAUAUUCAAAAAGAUCAAAAUAUAUAUAAAGAAAUAAAAACUGUAAUUGAAAAAAUGAGUUUAAGUAAAAUAUCUUACUAUUUUGAUAUACAAAAAGAUUAUGUUAAUCAUAUAAUAAAUAUGUCCUCUUUCUAUCCAAAAAAAAGUGAAAUAGGGAGACAGUAUAAUAUAAGGCUAUCUAGAUUAUAUAAAAAAACAAGCUUAUUAGAUAAUGAUAUACAAAAUAAAGAAAAUUUUCAAAAAUUUAAUCAACUUAUAAAAUCUAUGAACAAAAAUACAAAAACAGAUGACAAUAUUAAUAAUGUCAACAAAAAAAUAAAUCCAUCAUAUAUACAACAAAAUCAGAAGGAUACAUCUAAUUAUUUUUUAAAUACGAUUGAUAAUGAUAUAAGUCAUAUAUCACAAAGAAAUGAACAUUUUUUAAGUUUUAAUUCUUUUGAUGAUCAAAAGGAAGAUGAUUAUGGAAAUAAUGUAAUAACAUAUGACCAUGAUAUUCAAGAGAAUAAUAAUAUAACUACACAUAAUAAUAACAACAAUAAUAAUAACAAUAAUAAUAAUAAUAACAAUAAUAAUAAUAAUGUGUAUACAACUAAUGAUAUUGCUUAUAAUAAUAAUUUAUUAAAAGGUGAAAACUAUUUUAAAUAUAAUGAUAAUGACUUAGAUUGUGAACGUAUAUAUCAUUUUUAUUCAAAAUAUUUUAUCAAUAAAAUUUUAUAUGCACGUAAUUUGUCCAAACCUAUUGAUAAAUAUAUGACUAGCUACUUUAUGAAUAGAUCUACUAAUUAUAAUGAAGUGCUAUGGUUAAUCUAUGAACACGAUUUCUUGUAUUACUUUCGAGAAGAGUUAAAUAAAAAAUGUGAUAUCCAAUUUUUAUCAUUUUAUGAUAUACUAAAAACAUUUAAAGGGGAAUAUGAUUAUUUAAUAUACCAAGCAAUUGAAGAAGAAGAAAAAAAAAAAAAAAAAAAAAAAAAGAAUAAAAAAAAAAACAAUAGUAACCAGAACGAUACAUUAAUACAUAAUGGUGAUCAAGGGGGAAAUACAAACCAAGUGGAUAAUUUCAAUUAUGAUAAUAAUUAUGUUAAAUUGAAAUGUGAACAAAAUGAUUAUGAUAAUAAUCAAACAGUGAAUUAUAAUAAUUCCUUAAUGGAAGAUAAUAAUCAUCAAUAUGAUCAUCAUUUGGAUAAUGAAAUAAUGAAUAUAGAAAUGAAACAAGAACAAAAUAAUAAUAUAAGUAAUAUCGAUGAAGAGAUAGAAUAUAAAGCAUUCGAUUUAACUGAACAUGCAGAUUAUAUUAAAAAUAUUAGAGAACAGGAAUAUAAGGAUUAUAUGAAUACUGAUGAAUAUGAUAAAAGCAAUGUGAACCUUGAUGUAGAAAAAAAUAUUGGAAAAAAUAAAGGUAAUGAAGCACAAAAUAUUACUUCUCUUGAUAAUAAAGAAGAUGUUUUAAAAAAUGUAUUAGAUAAUUAUAAAAAGUAUAUGCAAAUAAAAAGAAAUAUGAGUAAUGAAAAAAGGGUAACAAACAAUUUUGUACUACCUAUAAAUUCGUCUUCGGAUGUGGAAAUAAUGAAAAAUCUAAAUGUAUCAGAUAUUUCUAGUUUAAAUUUAAAUGAUAAAGCAUCUCAAGAUAUGGUACAAAUGUUUUUGGAAAAUGUAAAUGGUAUGGAUGAUAGUAUGAAUGGUGAUAAUAUAAAUCAUGGUGAUGAUAUAAAUCAUGGUGAUGAUAUAAAUCAUGGUGAUGAUAUAAGCCAUGUUGAUAAUAUAAGCCAUGUUGAUAAUAUAAGCCAUGUUGAUAAUAUAAGCCAUGUUGAUAAUAUAAGCCAUGUUGGUAAUAUAAGCUAUGUUGACAAUACAAAUCAUCAUAACAAUAUAAAUCAUGAUAACAAUACAAAUCAUGAUAACAAUAUAAAUCAUGGUGAUAUAAAUAUUAAUGAUUCUUUGUGUGUUGAAUAUAAUUCGGAAUACAAAAAGGAAUAUAAUAUUGAACACAAUGCAGAUUAUUUUGAACUAAACAAUUUAACUUAUAAUGAACAUAUAUUAAGCGAAAAAGAUAUGGAUAAUUAUGAAAAAUUACCCAACAGACAUAUUGAAGAAGAGAUACAUAUAUAUACUCAUAAUAUAAAGAAUAAGAAGAAGUCUAUAUUGAAUAAAAUACAUUUUGAUAAUAAUAUAUAUAAAAAAUUAGAAUAUGUAAAUAAAUUAAAAACAUUGAAAAAGUGGAAAAUUGAGAAAGAUUAUUAUUAUAAUGGAUUAAAAAUUAAAAAGGAGAAAUUUACAAGAAUUAGUAAAUUUGUUGAAGAAUGUAUGAGAUUAGAAAAACCCCAAGAUGAUCCUUUUUUCACAUCACCUUAUAAAGAAAAUAUAUAUAUAGAAAAUAAAUAUUUAAUGGAUUCAUUUAUAUUUGAUAAUAUUUAUAAAAAAGUAUUAUAUAUAUCAGAUAAAAAACGAUAUCGAACGUUAACCAUUAAACAUAUAUAUAAAGAAUAUAUAAAUUAUUUUUUACCACGUUAUAAAUCAUUGUUAAUUGAUUAUGAGAAUUACAAAUUUUGUUAUAAUUUUUCAUUCGAUUUAUUAUUUUAUAUACUUUUUUAUUGUUUUAAAAGAUUACAUAUAUAUUGUUUGCCACAUCAUAUUAAAAAUUAUAUUAAUUCGGAUAAUUUUGGUUUAUAUAAAAUUUUUUAUAAUAUAUCUGAAUCAUUUUUCAAGCAAUUUAAAGAUAAUGGGGUGAUUUCGUUUCCUUUAAGAAAUCCACAUUUUUCAGAGAUAAAAAAGUUUUAUUUUAUUAGAAAUUUAAAGCAUGGCACACCUUUCAUAUGUAUUCAUAAUUAUGAACAUAUUAAUAAAUAUUACAUAGAAGAAAAAAUGGAUAAAAUAUAUGAUGAUGAAGACGACAAUUAUAAUGAUGAAAAUAAUGAUAAUUAUAAUGAUAAUUAUAAUGAUAUAUAUAAUGAUAAUAAUAAUAUUUAUGGUGAAGUAAGAAAAAAAGAUAUUUUAUAUGAAGUUAAAUUUUCCAGAAAAAUAAAACAUGUACCCUUUACAAUUAAGACGAUUAAUUCUAUGUUAAAUAAAGAAUCAAUGAAGUAUUUAGAAAACUUUAAUGCGACAUUAGUAAAUAAUUUAUAUGGAUUAAUAAAUGAUUUAAUAUAUAAAUUUCACCUUCCAAUUACAAUUCAAAUGUAUGCUAUAAAAUUUUUGAAUGUUGUCUUAUUUAAAUAUCGUUUUUCUAAAUUUCUUCUUAAUGUAUAUACUAAUAAAUAUGAUGAUAUGCAUAUAGAAUUUAAUAAUUUUUAUAAUUAUGAGAAAGUUUAUAAAGAUUGUUUUAAAUGUUUUGGUGCAAAAUAUAAGGCGAUGUCAUUAAUUAGUCAUAUAAAUAAAUAUAUUUUAUUUUUAAUGAAAAAAGAAUAUUAUAUUAAAAAAUUUUAUAUUAUAAAUAAAGAAUAUUUUAUGUCAGAUAAUAUAACUGUUAAUUAUAAAAUAUAUAAUAAAAUUAAUUAUUUUUAUAAACAGAAAUUUUAUUAUACAUUUUAUAAUAUUUCUUCAUCUAUUUGUUUCUCAAGAAAUAAUUUUUAUAAUUUAGCAACAGGAUGUGUCCUAAUGGCAUGUAAACUAUAUUAUCCUAUGUUUACAAAUGAUUUCUUUUGUUAUGAAAAUAUGUUUGUUAAAAAUAUUUUUGAAAGUUUCCAUUUGAAUAACCAUUAUUCAUGUCAUCUUCAAAAUGGCACAAAUAUGUUUAAUGCACAUUUUAAGGAACCACACACGUUUUCUUUUUCAUCAAAAAAUAAAAAGAAAAAAAAAGGAAUUGAAAAAAAUAAUAAGGAAGCAAAGGGGAUUAAGAAAAAGAAAAAUACUCCUAUUACUAAAAAUAUUGAUCUAUCAAAACGUAUAUAUGAUAGUGAUCAUAUUGUGAAAAAAAAAAUAAAAAAAUUGAUAAAAAGGAAAAAAAAAGAAAAAUCAAAAAAUACAAAUAUGAAGACAAUAGUAAAAAGGAAAAUAUCAUAUAUAAUAGAUGAGGAUAAACAUGUGCAAAAACGCUUCAAAAUAUCAAAUCUAAAUGAUGCAGAUAAUAAUAUCUAUGAUAAGAAUGUACUUGUUAAUCAAAAUAUAACCCAUGGAAAUCAUAUAUAUGAUCAAUUGAAUAAUACUAGUAUGGUCCAAAAUAUAAAUUAUUCAUAUGAUCUUGAAAAUAUGAAUGAGGGAGAAGUACAAAAUGUAGAAGAUUAUAAUAAUGAUAUAUUAAAUGUUGCUGAUGAAGUUAAAAAUACAAAUAUGUAUGAUUAUUAUGAAGAUAUGUUAAAAGAAGCUACAGAAGAUAAUAAAUUAUUAAAAUAUAUAAAUAAAAAUGCAAAAUAUUAUGAUGAAAAUUUAUUGGAGGACUUUUUAUUUAACGAUUCAUGUGAUAAUAACAUAUGUGAAACCUUAAUAUGUUUUGAUGUCUAUAAAGAAAAUAUAAAAGGGAUAUCAGAAAAACAAAAAAAAAAUAAGAAUAAAAUAUGGGAUAAUAACAUACCUAAAAUUUCUCAUAUAUAUUUUGAAUCAUCAAAAGAAAAGUAUACUUAUUAUUUUGUUCCAAUUCCUGGUAUUUUCAAUUUAUUUUCUCAUUACAAAAAAUAUUCCUGCCUUGAUUUUUUGAAAAACGAUUUUGAGAGAUAUCGGAAUAAUGGAUGCAUGUCAUCAAAUAAAAAUGAAGAGGAGCUUUUUGAAAAUUUGAUAUAUCACAAGGGAGAUAUAAAGAAAAUUUAUAAUGAAAAUGUAGAAAAUAUUGAAGAUAAAGAAAAUAAUGAUGAUAAAGAAAAUAAUAAAGGAAAAAAAAUUAAUAAGGAGAAAAAAAAAAUCCUCGAAUCGAUAAAAAGAAUAAGAGCCAUUUUAUCUCCUUCUAUAUUAAACGAUGACAAAUUUAAAAUAAAAAGGAAGUUUAUACAUAUUAAAUCAAAUGAAUAUUGUUGUAUGGAUUUAUUACAUAAUACCAGAGACAUAGAUACUAAUAAAAAUGUUGAUAUGAAGAAAUAUAAAUGUAUAAAUGAACUUAAAAAUAUUAUGAAAAUAAAUUAUUAUAUAUCUUGUUAUCCUCAUCAUUUAAAUUAUUUUAACUGGAAUUUGAAUUAUUUGUCCUUAUGUAAUAUAAUUCAUAGAGUUAAAGAGGAAGGUGAUUCAUUUGGUUUGGAAAAUUAUUUUUGGUCUAAUUCAAAUGUAAAGAAUAAAGAACAGAAGAAUAUAACAGGGAAUAUGUAUAGUAAUGUAUUUUUUGAUAAUAUGGAAAGAUAUAAAUCUAAAUAUAUACUAAGACAUUUAUAUGAAAGAGAUAAUAUUUAUAAUUAUAAAACAAAUAAUGGUUUAAAUGAAGAAGAAACUAUUUUAACAAGUAAAGAAAAUGAUGUAUUAUUAUACAAUGAUAAUACAAAUAAUAAUAAAGGAAGAACAUUACAUAAAAAUGACAAUAUUUUAGAAAAGCAGAAAAUAUUAUAUAAAAAAAUGUUUAUGAAUUUUGAUUAUAAUAUUUUUAACGAAUUUUUAAAUAUAAAUGAGGAUUAUCAUGAAGGUAAAGAAUAUUAUAAAUUUCUAAACAAUAAUAAUAAUAAUAAUUAUUAUAAUAAUAAAUAUAAUAAUAAUAAUAAUAAUAAUAAUAAAUAUAAUAAUAAAUAUUUUAAUAAUAAUAUUUUAGAAGAUAGUGAAAAUGAAGAAAUUUAUGAAAAGCAUGAAUCCACAAAAAUUAAAUUAAUACAUUUAAUUUAUUCAAAAAGAUACGAAAAGGAAUAUUUUACAUUUAUUUUCUAUGAAUAUAAUAUGUUAAUUCAAUGUUUUUAUCAUUAUGAAAGUUUAAUAGAUAUGCUAAAAUCAUUGAUAAGUUAUACUUGGAAUAUAUAUCAAAUAUUAUUUUUAUAUUACCAAUUAAAAUAUGAUAUACAUAUUUAUAUAAAAUGUAUGAAACAAUUAUUAAAUAUGUUCGAAUAUUUUUUUGUUAUUACAAAUAAGAAAGAUCAUAUAGAUUCAAGACAUUUUUCUUGUUUUUAUCGAAAUAAAUAUAUAAAGAAAAAAAAAAAGGUUAUAUAUAAAAUCAAAAUUUUCAAUUUUAUGUUGCAAAUGUUUAUUACUGUAUAUGGAGCAAAAUAUAAAUCAUAUAGUAGUUAUACUGAAGCAUGUAAAUGUAUGUUUUAUGAAGAUACCGUAAUUUUUUAUCGUGCAAAGGAUUUCAAUAUUCAUUCUAUUAAAAAUAUGAAUGAAAUACAUUCUCAUUUAAAAUAUAUUAUCAAGUUUGGAUAUAAUUAUUUAAAAGAAGUAUUAGAAAAUAUUUUCCAUAUAAAUAAUAUACAAACAAAAAUAAAUAUAAAAAUGAAUGAUUUAUUUAAUACUAUUGUUAAUAUAAUUAAAAUGUCUUAUCAUCAAAAUGAUUAUAUACAUAGUUAUAUAUUCUCAUAUAGAAAAAAUAUGAUGUUCCACAUUGUUGUAUUGAAUGUUUCUUUUUUUCUUAUCAAUUUUGAAAGUACUUUAAAAUUAAUUCAAAAUAAAUAUUACAGUUAUCUAGAUAAUUAUUUAAAAAAAUUUUACAAUAUGGAUGAAAACAAUGUGUCUAAUAAUGUAAUGGUUAUAUGUGUUAAGAGAAAUACCAAAAUAUAUGAUGAAAGGAAUAUGAAUGUCAAUAUAAAUCAAAGAAUAAAUGGAUAUACACAUAUAAAUACAAUACAUAAUAAUAUUAAUCUUUAUGAGGAUAAUAUAUUCUCUUUCCUUACAUCCUAUAUACAUAUCCUUUUUCAUUUAAAUAAAACACAAACUAUUGAACCAUACCUAUUUAAUUAUUUAAAGAAUUCAACUAAUAUUCUAAUGAAAAAAAAAAAAAUUCAAUACUUUUUAUAUGAAAAAAAAGAUAAUAUUAUUGAAGAUUUUAUAAAUCACGUUUCUAAAAAUAAUUAUGAAUUUACUGAUAAUACGACAAUUUGUAAAUUAUUAAAUUGUGAUCGUAUAAUAAAUAUGAAAAAAAAAAAUAUACUGAAAGAUACAUGUACAACCAACCAAUUCUGCAGUAUACAUAAUUUAAGCAUAAAUAAGUAUACAUAUAAUAUAUCACCAAAUUUAAUUAUACAUUUUAUAGUCCAUUUUUUCAAACAUUAUACGAUAUUUAAAAAUGUAAUAAAGAAUUCAAACAGUUUAUUUCUUUUAUAUUAUUGGAAAUGGAUAACACAUAUGAUUCAUAAAUGUUCUGAUUAUGUAAAUACCGUUUUUAUAAAUUAUAAUUUAGCAAAGGGUAUAUAUAAAGAAUUUUAUAAAUAUUCAUUAAAAAAUAGAAAAGGGAACAACAAAUGUUAUUCUAUCAAAGGGGAAGAAAAAAAAAAAAAAAAAAAUAAAAAAAAAAAAAAUAAAAUCAAAAUUGUUAAUUAUUAUGAAUUUUUUAGAAACAUAUUAAGUAUGGAGAAUAGUAUGUUCGAAUAUAAGAAUAAAAUGGGUAUAUGUAAAGAGGAUCAGAAAAAAAAUGAAAAUACACAAAGAAAUGUACAUUUUAUUGAAAAAGAAGGAAGAAAUAAAUGUUAUUAUAGAAACAUACCUAACAAAUCCUCAUUUUAUCAUUUCCUUGUGAAGCUACACAAUUUAUUUUAUAGUUAUAAACAAAAAUAUAAAAUAAAUAUAUUUGAUAUAUAUAAAUAUUUUAUGAAAUGGAUAAAAAAUACAAAAGAUAUAAUAAACACUAAUGAAUUCGAUAUUAAUAAAAUGAUUAUCUUUAAUUUGUAUGAUGAAAUAUUUAUGAAAAGGAAAGAUGUCAUAUUGUAUAAUGAAGCACAUAGGCAUGAACAACAAUCUGGAUAUAUAAAAAAAAAGAAAGUUAAAAAAUAUAAAAAUAAUGGAACAUAUUUUAAAUCAUUUUUAUAUUCCUUAAUGAUAGAUAAUGUAGUGAAACAAAAUAAUCAGUUUUUUUUGAUAAAGAAUGUAAAUAAUAUAUUUGAUAAAGUGGACAAAAAUAUACCUGAUCUAUAUCUAAAGGGACAGAAUGAUAAUAUAAAGAAAAAAUCAAACAGGGGAAGAAAAAGAAAAAAAAUAAAUUACGAUAAUUAUAUAAAUAAUAAUAGUAAUAAUAAUAGUAAUAAUAAAAAAAAAGAACAUUAUGCAAGAAGAAUAUAUUCAAAGUCACAAGGGAAGGGAGAAAUGAAUAUGCCAAUAACCAAAGUGAACAUAGUUAAUAGAAGAUAUAAAAAAAAAAAUAUAUACGGAUAUAAUAUAUUAAGAUAUAAUAAAAGAAACAUAAUUAAAGAUAUUGAAAAGAAGAAUGAUCAUAUAGAUACAAACAUGUUGAAUUACAAUAUUACGUAUAAUGAAAAUCAAAUUAUUGAUUUAGUACUAAAAAAAAAAAAAAAAUUAAAGAGUAUUCUAUAUUUCAUGGAACCAUUAGAAUGUGUAAAUAUAUAUGAAAGCGUAAAGUUUUAUGCAAAUUUACAUAGUCUUUUUUCAUGUAUACCUUUUAAUUAUAGAAUAUAUAAAUAUAUUUUAAAAAAAACGUCAAAAGAAAACAAAUCAAAGGAUUCUAUAAUAAAACAAAAAAUGAAUAUUGAAAAAAAGAAAGCAAAUAAUCCAUCGUAUAAUAAUAUAAGAAAUGAUUCUAUUACAAAUAAUGAGUAUAGAAAUGUUGAUGUUCUUUUUCCUUAUGAAGAACAAAAUAUAAAUAAUAUGAAUGAUGAUAUAAAAUAUCGUAAUAAUAAUAAUAAUAAUAAUAAUAAUGGUCAUAUUAAUGAUCGUAUUAAUGAUCGUAUUUAUGAUGAAUAUAUUUAUUUAUCUACAGAUGAAGAUUCUUACAAAAGUGAUACUAUAUAUUCACUUAAAUUAAAACAUUUAAAAAGUUAUAAUCGUUUCAAAAAAAAUAUGAAACAAAACAUAAAUGAUUUAUAUAUAGCAACUAAAGAAGAACCAUAUUGUCUUUUAAACAAAUGUACGUCUUCUAUAAAAUCAAUUAAUAAUAAUAUCCCCUUAUUUCAUGAUACUUAUAAAUUAUAUAUAGAUAUUUAUCUUAAAGGACAUAUAUCCAUUCAUAAUAAUAUGAAUAAUUAUUUGUCUAAAUGUUCAAAUUAUAAUAUGUUUGAAUGGAAUAACAAUUUAGAUAUUUAUGAUCCCUUUUUAUUUAGUAACAAUAUGUGUUAUAAUUUCGGAGUGCAUAAUAAGGAAAAGAAUAAAGCAAAAAAAAAGAAAUAUAAUAAAAAAUAUAUUAAGACGAAUCAUGAUAUAGAUAAUAAAAAUAUAUGUGGAUUAAAUAAUAAUACUUUUUAUAAGUAUUCAGAACAAAAUGAAAAUAGCAAUAUAUCAUUUAAUAUUACACAUAAAAGAAAAAAAAUGUCAGAUCUGCAUAUCUGUAUAUAUAAUGACUCUUCCUAUUUUAAUAUUAAUAAUAUGAGUAUAAAAUCAGAAAUACAUAAAACCGAUAAAUAUGAAGAAUAUUAUUUAAAUUAUAAUUUGAAUAGAAACGCACAUUUUGAAUUUCAUUCAAGUAUUAAUAGUUUUUUAUUAAGACUGAAAAAUGAAUAUAUAAAGAGAAAGAAUAAAAAUUUGUAUAAUUUAAUAAAGAAAAAGAAUCAUAUAUAUAAAAUUGAAUAUAUUCAAAAUGUUAUAUAUACAAAUAAAUAUACUUAUUUUAUUUUUUCGUGUUUUGUAUAUCCAGUUAUACAAAUUAUAAGAGUCAUUUAUUUAUUUUCAUUAAAAUAUUUUCCUACGUUAUUUCUUAAAACAAUUAAUUAUUUAAAUUAUAUUAAAGUGGAUGAAAAUCUUGUGCAAUUUUUAUAUGCAGAUGAUUUUGAAGUCUUAGAUUCCUUAUUUCAUAAAUAUUCCUUAUCCAAAUAUUUUGGAUCAAUGUUUCAUAUUUUAAGAUUUCAAGGAUAUCAUAUAAAUCCUUUUUCCUUUUUAGGAAGCAUAUGUUAUAUUAAAGAAAUAAAAAUCAUUUGUCAUUUUUUUAAAAUAUAUACAUUACAUGCUAUCAACACCUUGCACAAUGUCAUAUCUUUAGAUAAUCCAAGAAAUGAAAUAGAAAUUUUCAACCUAGAAAAAUGUAUAAAUAAAGAAAAUGAUUAUAUUAAAGAUGAUACAUAUAUAUGUAAUCAAAAUGAUAAAAAUAACGCAUCUACAGAAUAUAAUUCAGAAAAAGCAAAACACCCAAAAAAAAAUUGUAUAUUAAUAAAAAAAUAUAAAAAAAUGUCAUCUCAAUGGGAUCUGCAUAAUAUAUUUAAUAAUAAUGUGUUAGUUGUAAAUUUUGGGGAUGAAAAAAAUAAUAAUAUAGAAAAUAAAAAAAUAGCUAAUUUUUUUAAUAGUGAUAAUAGUUGUAUGAUUCAAAAGGAGGCACAGAAUUAUAAAAACAAAAAUAAUUUUAACAAAAAAGAUAGACCAAAAGAAAAAAAUAAUAAAAAUAAUAAAAAGAAAAAAAGAAAUAAUAAAAAUCAUGAUAAUAAUAAUGAUGAUGACAAUAAUAAUGAUGAUGACAAUAAUAAUAAUGAUGACAAUAAUAAUAAUAACACAAAUGUUCAUAUGGAUGAAAGUUUAAAUGCCUUUUUUGAUGAAAAUAUCGAUUAUUUUAUAGAUGUAAAUACAAACCAUCAUAUGCAAAACAAUCGUAAUAAUGAUACACGCGAUGAUGUUUUGAAUAAACAUUUAAGAAUAAUUAAUAAAUUUGAAGAGAACAUAAAAAAGUGUGAGAAUUCUGAUAUAAUCAAUAUCAAUAAUUUUUUUAAGGAUAUAUAUAAAGAUAGAAAAAAGAAUAUUAAAAAUACUUCAAAACAUGUAUUUAAUGAUGAGAAUUAUGAAUUGGGAAAAGAAAUAAGAAUACCGAGAAUAUUUAGUUAUGCAAAAUUGUGUAAUACUUCUUUUGUUCCUUUUGGUGAAAAAAAGAAGAAAAAUGAAGGAAAUAAAAAGCACAUGAAGUCACAUUAUAUGAAUAAUAUAUUGGGGAAAUCUUAUCAUAAAGAUAGUUAUUUAGAACAACAUCAAUAUCUUAUGGCAAAUAAUGAAACAGAUGGGUUUAUUGUGUUACAAAACUUAAAAGAAAAAAUGAAUAACAUAGCUAAUGAAAAAGAAAAUGAAAAGAACAAAAAAAAUAACAAUAACAAUAAAUCCAUUUACAAUGAUCAAAUUAGUAUAAAUGAUAACCAAAUAGAUAAUUCUAAUAAUUAUAUGAUAGAAGAAAGGUGUAACAAUCAAGAUGUGCAUUUACCAGGAGAAUUUAUUGAGAGUGGGUCUAUAAUAAAUAGCAACACCUGUAGUAACGAUAAAAAUGUGUAUAGUGUUGAUAACACAAGUAUUAACCUGAGUAGGGUAAAUUUAAGUUUUUCGGAAAGUAAUAUUGGUGUUUUUGAAUCUGAACAGGGGAAAAUAAGUAAAAAUAAUAAUUAUGGUGAUAAUAACAUUUAUGGUGAUAAUAAUUCUUGUGGUAACAAGUUUAAUGGUAAAGGUCUUGGGAAAAAUAAACGUGAAAAAAUAGAUAUGUUGUAUUAUAAAUGUUUUAAGGAAAAUGCCCAUGAAGAAAAAAUAAAAUACUUUUCAAAACCAUCCGAAACAAUAAAUUUAUAUAAUAUUAUCACGAAAUUUUUAAACGAAAAAAUAAUGUUACAUAGUGAUUCGAUAACAUAUGAAAAAUAUCGUAAAAAAAAUUCAGUAGAAUUUAACCAUAUUGUAUAUAGAGAAUUUACGUUGCAUACAAAUUAUUAUUCGGAAGCUUAUAAUAAAAAUGUUUUAAAUGAAUUUAUAUAUAUUUUUUAUAGUAAUAAUUUUAGAAAUAAUUAUUUACAAAAAGGCCAUGAUGAUAAAGAGAAGAAAAAAAAUGUAAUAAAAAUGAAGGAAACAGAAAAGAAAAAAAAUAAAGUUGAUGAUGACAAUAAUAUUAGUGAUAUGAAAAAUAAUAAGGAAAAUAUAAAAUCAUCAUAUAUAAUGAAUGAAAAUGACGAAUUAGAACAAAAUCAUUUAUUAUUUAAUUUACCAGAUGUGGAAGAGGAAACUAUUAUGUUUCAAGAUAAAAGUGAGAUAUCUAGCCAAUAUAAUGAAAUAAUGAAUAUACAAGAACCUAUAAUAAAUACCCCAUCUUAUCACGAUAAUUCUAUACACAAUGAUGCAUCUUUAUUAGAUAAUGUUAAUGAUAUGGAACAAUCAUAUAUUUCAUCGGAUUAUUACGACAGUAGUGAUAUAAGUGAUGACGAAACAAAUGAUGAUGGAUAUAUAAAUUGUUCGUUUUAUUUACACAAACCAGUAUAUAUUUUUGAUGAAGAAAAGGAUAAAGAAGAGAUGGAACAAAAAAUGAAAAAUUCUAAUAUGAAGACAAGUCGUAAGAGGAAUAUGUUUUAUUACCCAAGAACAAAUGAGGAACAUAAUAUGAAUUGUAAUAACUCUUACAUUAUAAAAAAUAAUAAAAAAAAAACUUACAAUUAUUCAAAAAAUCAUUUUAAAAAACUUAAAAGUGUAUUUAAAAAGUUAAUAAAAAAAAUAGAAUGUGAUAUGAAUAUCAAAAAAAGAUGCUACAAAUUAUAUGACAAAAAUCAUAAAUUCUUAAGGAGAGAUUAUAAGUGUACAAAACAUAAAAAUGAAUGGGUAAAAUUUAUGAACCAGUAUGUAAAUAAAAAAGAAAAUACAAAUGAUUUAUUCAAAGGUGAUAAUGUCCUUAUUAAUAGUGUAUACAAUCAAAUAUAUACAUAUGAUAAUGAGGUAAAAAAUAUUAUAAGAAUAUAUAAGAAGCAAAAAAUGUUCCUAAAAAAUAUGAAACAAAAAUCUUUUUCUAACAAAUAUAAAAAUGAAUAUCCAUGGAUUGGUGAUAAUAUUUUUAUCUCACCAAACAAUAUUAAUAAGUUUAUUUUGGGAGGAUAUAUCUCAGUUUUAUCUCACCAAAAUAUGUCUUAUUUAAAAAAUUUUAAUUAUCACUCAGCAAGUGCUGACAUUCCCUUAAAUUUUUUAAGCCGUUCAAAGCAUUUUGAUUCAUUGAGUGUCAUGUUGUGUUUGCUGAUAAAAGUUUUUGGUUUGUAUUUGGAUUGCUCAUCGUAUGAUUUAAUAUUGGCAUGUAAAGAAAUUGAAAAAUUGCUCAAAGUAUUAGUGUAA